AGACAGCAUAGUCACCAAAAGCCAAAAAAAGCCUCAGAGGCAAAGGGAAGGGGCUGACACCCUGAGAACUAAAGAAUGACGAAUGAGAAAACUCCUCCCUGCUGAAGAUACUCAGGUGUAUAAAGGGCACAUGAAGGAACACUUAAGACCUAAAACAUCAUUGUCAAUCUUGAGUCUUGCAGAUUUCUUAGCUCAGAAGAAAAAUGAGCACCAAAAGUGAUAUGAUUCGGAAGUGCUGGUGGUUUGUAUGCUUUGUGGGUCUGUUCAUCACUGGCAACCUCUGUCUGGAUUGUAACUUGCUGAAUGUUCACCUGAGUAGAGUCACCUGGCAAAAUCUCAGACUUCUGAGCAGUAUGAGCAAUAGAUUUCCUGCAGAAUGUCUAAGAGAAAAGAAAGCUUUUGAGUUGCCCCAAGAGAUCCUAUCACACAACCGGCCUGUGAAAAGGGACAUCAUGGAGGUCUUCUAUGAAAUAUACAUACAAGCCUUCAACAUCUUCAAUCAAUACAACUUCACAUCCACUUGGGAAGAGAAACAUGUGAAACAAAUCCAAAUCGGACUUGAUGAGCAGUUGCAGUACCUGGAACAAUGCUUGGAAGAAGAGGAGAAGGAAAAUGAAGACAUGCAUGAGAUGGGAGAGAAUAAGAUGAAAUACUCAGGAGCUAUGGUUCCCCAGCUGAGCAACCUAGAACUGAGGAGAUACUUUCACAGGAUAGAUAAUUUUCUGAAAGAUAAGAAAUACAGUCACUGUGCCUGGGAGAUCGUUCGAGUGGAAAUCAGAAGAUGUUUCUACUACUUUGUGAAAUUCACAGAACUACUCGGGAGGAAAUAA